ACUAGUGGCUGCGGGAGCCAUGGCGCAUGUCUGUUUGCGGCAAAUCAUCCUGUCUGGACCUCCAGUCUGGACCCUCCCUACAGCCUGUGAGAUCACCACACUUUUAAUUAGACCGGAUUUGCCAGUUAAUGGGAGGUCACACUGUGGCUCUCAGCCUUUUAAAAGCAGCCAGAAGCAGUCAAACCUUCAGAAGUGUUCAGCAGCUUCAACAAGUUUCAGGUUAUAUCGGAGGAUGUCUUCCACAGUACUUUGUGCUUUUAUUUUGCUGGCUUGCACUUUGAAAUUUAGUGCUGCUCAGACAAGUUGCAGAGGACGAUGUGGUGCCGAGUACUACAGGGGUUACAUGUGCCAGUGUGACUACAACUGCCUGAGUUAUGGAGAGUGCUGCAAAGACUAUGAAUCUCAGUGUACCACAAAAAACUCAUGUAAAGGACGAUGCGGAGAAAACUUCAAAAGAGGUCGGCUGUGCAGCUGUGACUCCGAGUGCGUAAAGUACAAGCAGUGCUGUCCAGAUUACAAUAAUCACUGUGAUGCAGAAGAUCAAACUCUGAAUGAAGCAACAGACCAGCAGUCUACAUACAGCGAGGGAAACGACCCAGAUGACUCUUCAGUUCCUCUGGUCAGUCCAACAUCACAUCCACCAGAUGAUCUUACUGACGAUAUGCAUGACCAGAUCUUUACCAGUGAUGAAUUUUCCAAAAGUGGACUGGAAGAUCUGGAGGCCAGUCCAGUCCCAGAGAUCAGCAGUGGCUAUGAACUUUCUACAGCUGACUUGUUGGGUCAAGUUUCUACUGAACCCACCGUGACCAAAGCAGUGACUCCCUCAGAUGAUGUUACCACUGCAGAGGCCCCGAAUGAGAGCACAGAUGCCAGUGAUACGGCAUUCCCUCUGUUCACAACAGCAGCUGACCACAGCUACGGUCAGCCUACUUCAAAUUUAGUACCCUUAGUUGAGUCUACUGCUUCAACCAGCUCUCCAGAGCUGGAGUCACGUAGACCAGGAGAUGCAGAUCUUACAGAUGUUACUCUUCCUUCUGAUGAACUAGAUGUCUCAACUGCACUCCGGGACAAUCAGGACUCUGUCACAGACCUAGAUAACUUAAUAGUCACCACCACCCCUAGCUCAUCAACACCAGACUCGACAACCAUCCUGGAGGAACCUACUUCACACCCUUUGGAGGAUGUCACCCUUUCUGCUCUGGCAGAUGCUGAAGAUCCCUCGACCAGUUCUUCUCCGUUGGGAUCCAAGGAGUUAUCAGAGCUCGAACCUGUGACAGCCCAUGUUCCCUCAUCCACAGCUGCAGUGCAGGAUGACACCACACACGGUGUGACCACUGACAAUCUGCUAGCAGACACCUUGAAACCAACCAGCACUCAGAAACCAGAACCCACCACAGUAUCCCUGGACAAACCUGAUCCAUCCAAGCUAGACCCAGCCAAGCCCCCCUCUAAACCUGAAACUAAGCCCCUAGAAACCCUGAACAUAGAUGAUGCAAGAGAUUACCAAGCAGAUGACAGCAAUGAUACAAACCUGUGUAGUGGGCGGCCUGUCAGUGGAGUCACCACACUGAGCAAUGGCACAAUGGUGGUGUUCAGAGGGCACUACUUCUGGCUGCUGGAUAGGAACAGGGUGCCAAGUCCACCCCGAGGGAUCACACAAGUGUGGGGGGUCCCCUCGCCCAUUGACACUGUGUUCACCCGCUGCAACUGCCAGGGCAAGACAUACAUUUUCAAGGGAAACCAGUACUGGAGAUUUGAAAAUGAUGCUUUGGACCCUGGCUAUCCCAGAGUCAUUACAACAGGGUUUGAUGGGCUGCGGGGCCACAUCACCGCUGCGCUGUCCGUGCCUCAGUACAAGACGAGGUCAGAGUCAGUGUACUUCUUCAAGAGAGGGGGAUUGGUCCAGAAGUAUUCAUACCAAGCUGGGACCAGCCCAACAUGUGGCAGGAAACCCCACUAUGCCAUUUACACAGUCCACAACCGAGUAACUCGACAAGCAGCCCCGGUUUUAGGACCAGCGAUCAACAUCCGGACAUCCUGGAGAGGCUUUCCCUCCACCAUCACAGCCGCUGUGUCUGUGCCCAGCGUCAGAGACCCAGAGGGAUACAAAUACUACGUCUUCUCAAGAGCAAAAUCCUACAGCGUGAGGAUGGAUGGUGAACGUCCUGCCAUUGCUGCUCCUACAGCCAACGCGUCACCUCAGACCAACAACUUCUUCAGAUGUCCAAAGAAAAUCUAAAAAAAAUAAAAUAAAAUACAGACCACUGGGAAAAAAAAAAAAUUCACAACUUUUGCAGUUUAUAAGUUUAUUAUAUUCCUUUUAAAAAAACACAGCAUCAGCAUAGACUGCAAUUACAAAAGGUUUC